CGAUUCGCAACCGUCGUUAUCCCUCUUUGUGUCGCGCGUUUACCCGCGGUCCAACCGUCAAAAGGCAGCGACCGGUUCGCCGUGGUCCGUUGUUCGUUCCCUGGCUCGAUCGGGUUUGGUUCUCACCUCUCUGUCGCGCGGAUCUCAGCUCCGUGAUUCGAAGUAAUAUGACAACCGAUCCGGAACGCGCCGCCAAUACUAGCGGUACAGAAUCCGUCGAAGACGAAGACGAUAACCAUCGCAAAAUUUUACGUAGAACUGAUGUGUUAGCUGCUCUCCGAGAUGGUAUUUCUGCACCAGGAUUAGAGCAAAUGCUGCCUCUUCCUGCUUCCGUCAAACGCAGGAUUAAAGCACUGAAACAACUACAACUUGUCACUACUAAUAUCGAGGCUAAAUUUUAUGAGGAGGUACAUGCUUUGGAAUGCGAAUAUUAUAAAAUGUGCGCACCUAUAUAUGAGAAGCGGAGUGAGAUAAUAUCUGGUACUUAUGAACCAACCGAUGAACAAUGUGUUUGGGACAGCGAUGAUGACGAGGAAACGCUAAGUAAUUACAUGAAGGAGAAGGCAAAAAUUGAGGAUGUUGCAGAGAAGAAGGAUGAAACAGAGAACGAAGACGAUACUAAAGGCAUCCCAGAUUUCUGGCUAACCAUAUUUAAGAAUGUAGGUACUUUAGCUGAUAUGGUUCAAGAACAUGACGAACCAAUCUUGAAGCAUUUAAGUGAUAUUAAAGUAAAAUUUCUGCCAUCGGAUCCAAUGGGAUUUGUUCUCGAAUUCUAUUUCACGCCCAACGAAUAUUUCUCUAAUUCGGUGCUCACUAAAGAAUAUAUUAUGAAAUGUACACCAGAUAAGAAUGAUCCGUUUAGUUUCGAAGGACCGGAGAUAUAUAAAUGCAAAGGUUGCGUAAUUGAUUGGAAAAAAGGCAAAAAUGUUACAAUAAAAACUAUCAAGAAAAAUCAGAAACAUAAAUCACGAGGGUCUAUGCGUACUGUGACGAAGACUGUACAGAAUGAUUCAUUCUUUAAUUUCUUCAGUCCACCAAUUGUGCCAGAAGACUCGGAAGCUGAUAUGGAUGAAGACACUCAAGCUCUACUAACCAGCGAUUUCGAAUUAGGCCAUUACAUUAGAGAACGCAUAGUUCCUAAAGCCGUACUAUAUUACACAGGUGAAGGUUUAGAGGAUGAAGAUGAAGACUACGAAGAUGAAGAAGAUGGAGAUGAUGACGAUGAUGUUGAUGAGGAAGACGAGGAAGAUGGCUCUUCUCCUGCUAAUGCGCCUUCAGGUGGGAAACAAGGCGAUGAUCCCAAUGAGUGUAAACAACAGUAGAAUUACAUUAAUUGUGACAUAAUGAAAAAAGAAAAAAUCAAUCGUUCGUGCGUUACAGUAUGCAACACACACUAACGACACCUCUGACCGAUAACUGCCUAGAUAAUUCUGCACCUUGCGGCUCCAAAUGUAAUCCCUGUUCUUUGUAUCGAUCAUCUAAUCAUAUCUCCUAUUCCAGAUCAAGCAUAGAACUCUUCAACAUACCAGAGAUACAAAAAUAUUAAAGAAAAAAAAAGAAA